AUGACGCAACACAACAUUGUUGUUUUUGCGGGCGACCACUGUGGCCCAGAGGUUAUUGCUGAGGCAAUUAAGGUUAUUAAAACGGUUGAGGAGCUGAGCCCGACUGCUGGCAAGUUUAAUCUAGAGGACCACCUGCUUGGAGGGUGCUCCAUUGAUCAGACUGGUGUGCCCCUUACAGAUAAGGCCCUUGCUGCCGCCAAAGCUGCCGACGCUGUGCUCCUUGGCGCUAUUGGCGGCCCUGAAUGGGGCACCGGCGCCGUGCGCCCUGAGCAGGGCCUCCUAAAGCUACGCAGUGAAAUGUGUGCAUAUGGAAACCUCCGUCCCUGCUUCUUUGCGUCUGAUGCCCUUGUUGAGUCCUCUCCUCUAAAGGCAUCUAUAUGCCGUGGCACCGAUAUAAUGAUCGUUCGCGAAUUAACUUCUGGGCUCUACUUCGGUGAGCGCCGAGAAUACGAUGGGCUUAAUGCAUUUGAUACUACGGUUUAUACAAAACCCGAAGUCGAGCGUAUUGCGCGAUUAGGCGGCUAUCUAGCUAGGGCUAGAGGAGACUCACGGGUUAUCUCGCUAGAUAAAGCAAAUGUAUUAGCAACAAGCAGACUUUGGCGUUCUGUAGUUGAGGAGGUUUUUACAAACGAGUUUCCUGAUCUAAAGGUCGAGCACCAGCUUAUUGAUAGCGCGGCUAUGAUCAUGGUCAAGAACCCAACGCAGCUAAAUGGCGUUGUGCUAGCGCCGAACUUGGCAGGAGAUAUUCUCAGCGAUGAGGCAAGUGCGAUAGCUGGAAGUAUAGGGCUUCUCCCGAGCGCAAGUCUCUGCGGGAUUCCAUCCUCUGCAGUGCCUUCUAUCUAUGAACCAAUUCAUGGUAGCGCGCCGGAUAUAUCAGGGAAAGGGAUUGUUAAUCCUAUUGGUACUAUCCUUUCCGUGGCUAUGAUGUUCCGGUACUCUCUGAAUAUCGCUCACGAGGCUAAAGUCGUCGAGGAUGCGGUCCGUGCUGCUAUUGAUGCCGGGCUAAGAACUAAGGAUAUGGGGGGCAACAUGAGCACCGCAGAAGCAGGAGAUGCUAUCGUUGCUGAGCUGGUCAAGAUUCUCAAAGCGUGA